GUUCACUGAAUUUCUGGAACCCUUUGAGAGAGUUAUUCAACCGGAGGAGCUUUGGCUCUACAAGAAUCCUCUGGUGGAGUCCGACCAUAUUCCUAAAAGGGUUAUGUUUGCAAUUUCCUUCCUUACGCCACUGGCGGUGAUUUUUGUCGUAAAGAUUAUUCAGCGGACGGACAAGACAGAGAUCAAGGAGGCUUGUUUGGCUGUGUCCCUGGCACUUGCUUUAAAUGGAGUCUUCACAAAUACCAUUAAGCUGAUUGUUGGCAGACCAAGGCCAGAUUACUUCCAGCGAUGUUUUCCAGACGGUCAAAUGAAUGCAAAGAUGCUGUGCACCGGAGAGCCGGAGUUGGUCUCAGAAGGACGCAAGAGCUUCCCCAGCAGCCAUUCCUCCUAUGCCUUUGUUGGAGGAGUGAUUGGUUUGCUGUUUGCUUACAUCAGCUACCGGCAGCACUACCCACCCUUCCUGCACACGGACUGCCACCUGCCUUAUGCUAGCUUGGCUGCCACCAGAAAAACACCCCCAUCCCACCAGGAUGACCCGCAGCCCAUUGAAAACGCCACCACCCUGCCUAUGGAGGGUUUGACUGAAGGGCCGGUAUGACUAGUGGCCCCCACCGAGACAACCUCCUCCACUCCCACUAAGUCCCCCAGCCCAUCUCCUCAUUCCUAGUGAAUGAUUGGCUUUA